AUGGGUUUAUUUUCUCUAUUGUGUGUGUUAGGCUUAACACUCAUUAUGAGUAGUAAUGUUGCACAUGCCCAAGACUCACCGGCAGACUAUGUUAAAGCCCACAACAAAGCAAGAUCGGCGGUUGAUACUGAUGUUAAACUUCCGAAUCUUGUUUGGGACAACGAAGUUGCUGCUUUUGCACAAAAUUAUGCUAAUCAACGCAAGGAUUGUCAGCUUGUCCACUCCGAAACUGAGCGUUACGGAGAGAAUAUAGCGGAGAGUAGCGGCGACAUGAAUGGCACAGAAGCAGUGAAGUUGUGGGUUGAUGAAAAACCUUAUUAUGAUUAUAGUAGUAACUCAUGUGUUAAUGGUGAAAUGUGUGGCCAUUAUACUCAAGUGGUUUGGAGAAAAUCACUACGUAUUGGAUGUGCCAAAGUGAAAUGUGACAAUGGAGGCACAUUUAUCACUUGUAACUAUGAUCCUCCCGGUAACUAUGUUGGCGAAAGACCAUACUAA